AUGGGAUCUGACCCACAGUUCAUCAAGUUCCCCGAUCUCCUCGUUGCCCAACAUGUCUUCAACCUCUCCAACCCUGCAUGCGUCCCAUCCAUCCGCCAGUCCUCAUUGAAGAAGCUGCAAGAUGUCAUCAAGGAACGCAAGAUGGCUCCCUUCUACCGCCAUCUAGCCCACCCCACUGAGGGUAUUCUGAACAAUGCGGGAGAAGGCGCCACACAACACCAUGUCGGAACCACGAAGCCGCUUAUCACCUCUAACAUGCUUGCUUCGCGGAAGUCACCCCAAAACAUCGAUUUCCCCUGGGACGAGAAAAUCUAUCAAUCUUUGCUCGAGGAUAAUAAGAAUGAGCUGGAGACAUUCCAAAAAGAGGAGGACCAGGCUGAAGAGGCUGCUGGUGAGACGGAGGUGCAGGCUGCGCGCGGGAAGCGAGCGGAGUUCUGGGCCCGAGUUGGUGAUAAGGACAAAUCUAUUGAGUCGCACGAAGCCCUCCUCGACAAGAUCGGCUUUCUCGGAACCAAGAUCGAUCUCGUUCUCGCGAUGAUCCGUAUUGGUCUGUUUUUCGGUGAUGCUAUUUUUGUGAAGAAGACAAUCGAACGCGCAGAGACUCUCGUUGAGAGCGGUGGUGAUUGGGACCGAAGGAAUCGUCUAAAGGCAUACAAAGGAUUGCACUUGCUCACUGUUCGCUCCUACAGCCUGGCUGCUCCCCUCCUUCUUGAUAGUCUGUCAACAUUUACGAGCUACGAGCUCUGCAGCUAUUCUUCGCUGGUGAUCUACUCAGUUCUGGCAGGAUCACUGUCUCUUAAGCGGGUGGACUUCAAGGCCAAGGUGGUGGACGCGCCGGAGAUCAAGGCUAUCCUUGGCUCCGGAGAGGACCAAUUGGCGGCUCUUAGUGGUGAGAUUUCGUCCGGCCCCGGUGCCCGCGAAGAGGAGAUGAAAGACGCAUCCGUAUCACGAUCGACCCCGGCCGCUGGUGCCACCACUGCUAUUAACCUAACCACAUUGGGCACUGGUUCUAGCGAACAAGCAGAGAAUGAAGCUCCUGUCGAUUUCUCACCGCUGGCCAACCUGGUGAACAGUCUAUAUAAUGGUAACUACCAUUCUUUCUUCGUGGCGCUUGCCGCUGUGGAGGACCAAUUCCUGACCCAGGACCACUAUCUGCAUGAGCACCGCGCAUGGUUUGUCCGUGAAAUGAGACUACGGGCCUACCAGCAACUGCUUCAGAGUUACCGAGUCGUGGGGCUGAACAGCAUGGCCAGCGACUUUGGUGUGACUGUAGACUUCCUGGACCGUGACCUGGCCAAGUUCAUCUCCAGCAACCGCAUUGCAUGCACAAUCGACCGUGUCAAUGGAAUCAUCGAGACCAAUCGUCCCGACGACAAGAACAAGCAGUACGCGGAUGUUGUCAAGCAUGGUGAUUCUCUUAUUACGAAGCUUCAGAAGUAUGGACAAGCUGUUCGUCUUCGGGGAAGCGAACGUAGUUAA